GCUUAGAUUUUUCUCCCAGUGGGCGUGGUUUUUAAAGUGACGCAUUGUGCUCUGUUUCUAUUGGGGUUUGGAGAAACAUAAGAGGAAAAACAUUGCUACUCACUCACAUGAGCAUUAGUAGAGAAAAAAUAUAUAUAAUUAUUGUCCCAUACAAAGAAUUGGCAAGACUCAAGAAUAGCAUUAAUAUUUUUCCCUACAGAAAUGGACUUCAUUAACAGACCAAAGGAUCAUGGAACGGAGAAAUAUCCUCCUUAUUGGAAAAACAGGAGAUGGCAAAAGCAGUGCCGGCAAUACAAUUCUCAACAAAGACGUAUUCACCCCUAAAGCUACAGCUAGUUCUGCUACAGAUGAACCUGUAAGAGGACGUGGGUUGGUUAAUGGAAGAGAGAUCACCGUUAUUUACACUCCUGGAUUCUUUGACACAGAUCAAGAUGAUGAAAAGACAAAAUCUGAGAUCAUUAAAGCUCUGAUGGACACUACUGUGCUUCAUGCCAUUGUGCUUGUUCUAAAAGUUGGAAGAUACACAAAACAAGAAAACGAGGUGGUAGAAGAAUUUCUGAACUUAAUGAGAGAUGAACGUGUCCUGAAACACACAGCGAUCUUAUUCACUUUUGGUGAGCAACUAGAAGGCCAGACCUUAAAAGAAUUCGGUGCUUUUCUGGGUGUCAGUUUUGUCAGUGUGACUAUUAAAACUGGUAAACAUAUUAAACAUAUUAAAGCCACUGCUAAAAUCCAUGGGUGCAUCAGCAGUUGUGGCUGCAGAAGGAGCUGCAGUUACUGGAGUAGUAGCAGUAGUGGAAACAGGAGCAGUGGCUGAAGGUGCCGGAGCAGUAGGUGCAGGGGUUGGUACUGUGAUUGCUGGCAGUGUUCUUGGAGCUGCAGCUCUUGCAGGAGCUAUUGUAGGAGCAAUCACUGGAUGGAAAGCUGCAGAAGAAGCUGAUUCAAUGUACGACGCAAUGAAAAAGGCUGCAGAAGCUAACUAUGAGAAUGCAAAAGCUGUGGUUGAGAAGGUACAUGAAUUUGCUUCUCUUGUGGGGUACAAUAACAUCUAGAUCAUUAAAAAAUAUUUUACAUUAUUUAUAUUUAGUAAAGACAGUCUCCAGCUUUAUUAACUUUUAAUUCAAGAUCUUUAUUGUCAUGUGUACCAGGUACAAUAAAACGCUUACUUUGUUUACAUCUCUUGAGAAAAACAUGGUGGAAGGGGAACAGACAAAUUACCAAUACAAUAAAAAUAAUAUAAAGAAUAAAGUAUAUACAGCAAAAGUUGUAAAUCAAAAUAAUGAUGUUCUGAUUUGUUUUCACUUCUUGUCGUUGCAAUUGUUAAUUAAACUAUGUUGCAGUCACAGUCAUUUUAUUGUUAUGCAGAUAUAGACUGGUUGUAUUUUAAAAUAAUUUAUCUUUUCUUCCUCAAUAUAGAAACAUCAAUACUACAAAUUAUAAUUUUUGAAUCACUUAUAUUAAUAUAAUAUCGCUGGAGUAGGAGUGCGAUACGGCUGUAUAUAUCAGCAUGGUUGUGAUUAGGCCAGAGGUACGAGGCCACAGGCCGAGCACAGGAAACAAUUACAGCCAUACUGGUAAAGAGCCAUAUCACACAACUACAACAGUUCGAUGGCACAAGUGUCUUUAAAACCCUCUCAUUUUUAAAGGAAAUGGGGAACAUGUGCUUUGUUAAAGUUCACACGGCAAUUUCUAUUAUGUAAAGUGUUUCUCGAGAUUCUCGUGUCCCGCGGUGAAUUUUUUUAAACUAUUCCUGAGUGCUGUGAAUUACUCUUAGAGCCAAAUGCACGUGUGUUUUACUUUCAGUCCGACUUAGCGUAGUGGCGGAGUGAUACAAACGGGGAAAAGGUACCCAUGAUGAUACUGGUGGAAUAGUGCAAGGCUCUCAGCCAAUCAGAUUUGAGAACCAGAAAGAACUGUUGUAUAAUGUUAUAUAUGAUUAAGUAUGUUUAAUUAUUGCCAUAUACAGUACAUAAUCAACACGAAUAAAAAUAAUAUACUUUU